AUGGAGAACAGCAAGCAGCCAGUGAAGGAGGUGCUCCCUUUGCCUCGACUCCCGAAAUACUCCUCCUCCUCCUCCUCUUCCUCUGUGACUCUGGCUAAUGCUCCAACAAGACAAACAUCAGGCUCCAUGCAGCAAAUACAAAUGGCCUCCUCAGUGGUGACCUCGUUCAACCAGCUAAAGCCUCCAGAGAGAGAUCUCAAUCUGAUGUACCACAUGAAAUCAAUCAAGUCCCUGAAACAAGCUGGUAUCACGGCCAUCUUCACUGGACAACAGAAACUUGACAGUGAGGAAUGUCCAGAAGAGGGACCAGUUGUCGAUGUGAUCCUGUCCGACAUUGAGUCUCUGGUGCCCACUCACGAUGAGGCUGGACGACCCAUCGCUGAGUGGAAACGUCAGGUGAUGGUACGACAGCUGCAGACCCGACUGCAGAAUGAGGAAGAGCAGAUGCGACAGGCCCUAACCUAUGAUUCCUCCUCUGUGGAUGGCUGGAAGUACUCCCAAACUCACAAUGUCGUUUUGGGGCCAUUCGGCGAGCUCCUAACACAGGACGAUCUUCUGUAUUUGCAACAGCAGAUCGACAACAUGUCUUUGCAGAAGCGCUACCAGGCCUAUGAGGUGGAGCUGACCAGGUUGACAAAAGAACUGAGGGCUAUUUUACCCGACCCUAUCCUAAACAUUUCUCUAAACAAAGAGGCCCUGCAAGAGAUGGAUGCUCAGGGAAGUCGGGCGCUGCCAGUUUGGUGCAGCCGCGUCUCAGAGAUUGUCAGGAGUAUGUCAUUGCUGGUGGCCAGCCUGACUCAGACCUCUAAGGAUGGAGCUGAGAGGAGCGUGGUGCACGGUCUGAUGGAGGGGGUGACGGGGCUGCCGGAGGUAAGGGAUGUUUUUGCGGUAGGUCAAGGCCAUGAGGUGUUGCAAAAUACAAAUGGAUGUAAGCUACCACUCAUCGGGGUGGCUUUUGGUCAUGGGAUGGAGAGCUACAGCAGAUCACGCAGAGAACGACUGGAGAAGGAGAUUCGUCAGUUUGGGGUGUCAGUCAGAAACCUCAGAGCCAACUUUGAAGGUCAGAUUGGUGCCAUUUAUCCUUUUGCUGGAGUGGUGCCUGGCAAGGACCAAUCUUCCGGAACUAAUAAUCUAACUAGUGAUCCUAAAAAGCUUCCACCUGUGAUGGAGACUACCAGCCUGAGGAAAGAGCGUAUUGUAGUGCUGUUCCUGAGCCACUGGAAGAAGUCAGCUUACGCUAUCUCAGUGCGAGCAGCGAGGCAGGAACAGGAGCUCAAAUCAGAAGCCCAGCAGAGAAUCCCAUCCAUGUUUCUCUUUUGUCAAAAACGAGGCGCCGUUGAUAAGAUGCUAAACUCCUGGAAAAAUAAACUCCAGCUGAAGGAGGCUAUAACGUCCUAUGUGUCCACCAGUACUUCAAAAAACCCAUUUCCUGUGUACUCUCCAGAACAAUUCCUUUCAGAUGUGGACCACGACAGCUUGACCCUAGACCUCUUCAUGCUGGGAUACUUCCACAUUCUGGAGCAGGAGCUGUCACCAGUGGAGAGGAAAAUGAGGCAUCUGCUCUGUUUCGAAGUUUUUGACCAUGUGGGAACUUUUCCCUGGGAGAGAGUGAGAAACUUCCACAAGGCCGUACUGCAGGAAAUUCAGGCCGGGAGGCGACAAUGGAGGGACGGCUUUGAUGACAUUAAAGUUUGCUUCUUUGGAGACUCGAGACCAUCAUCAGAAACCACACCAGUGCCUUCGGUUGUAGUUGAAGGUGCCACGCCAGAGGAGGGCAGCAGUGACAUGGAAUUCUCCUGUUUCAACAAUGAAGAUAUUUGUAAAUAUAUUGAUCGCAGCUUUGCUUUUUGGAAGGAGAAAGAAGCAGAGCUCUUUGAUUUUGAACACUAGAAUUACCAUUGUGUUUGUUUGCUUACUGUGGCAAUUUUGCAGAGGUUUUUAUUUUCAUACAAAAUACUGUAAUGCAUUGACUCGAAUAUAAGACAAUAUUUUUCCCUACGAAAAAGACAGGUGGUCUUAUAUUUAGUGUUGAGAGAUUUAUACAUACAUACGUGCCACCGAAGGACUUCUCCCCUUGUAAGUCAGAGCUUUUCUUCCUGUCACUCACACGCAAAGACCACUUAUCUGUAGAGAUGCGACACAGAGAUCAGCUGAGUUUAACAGAUAAAGAUACAUUUAGUCAUUUUCUGAAAACAGUAGGCUGAUUGGCAACACUAUAUAGGCUCUAGUGUGUGAAUGUGAGUGUGAGUGAUUGACUGUCUAACUGUGUUGGCCCUGCGAUGAGAUGGCGACUUGUAUAG